AUGUCUAUUAUCUCUGAUUUUGAUUUAGUGUGUGAACGAUCUGGUUUAUCUGAUCUUUCACAAACCAUGUUGAAUUUUGGAAUGGCAAUUGGAUCAUCAACCCUCACUCUGGCAUCGGACAAAUACGGACGGAAGCCAGUCUCUGUUCUCAGUCACCUGGUCGUUCUAGCAACAGGGCUUGGGGUUGCAUUUUCCCCUAAUUAUACAGUACUUAUUGUCAUGAGAUUUCUAAAUGGUAUAGUUAUACAGGGCACCAUUUUGUCAGCAGUGACUUAUGGCGUAGAGAUGUUCCCGAAAGAAAAGCGUCGUUUUUGUGGAGUAUUUACGUUUAUAGUUUGGAGUAUUUGUAUGAUGACUAUAAGUCCAAUAGCUUACCUAACUCGUCAGUACAGUUGGAGAAUAGUUUAUCUUUCUCUUACAGCCAUCUCUUUAUACUCUCUUCUCCAAUACUGGAUAACAGACGAAUCUAUAAGAUGGUUGGUAGCCAACAACAGAUUAGAAGAAACGGUUAAAGUUAUCAAGAAAGCGGCCAAGAUGAACGGUGUUAAUGAUAACGAACCAUUGAAGUUGAUCUACAAACAAGAGUUGUUGUCGAUUUCUGAGAAGCAAACAGAUAAAUUACUGGCUGUAACACUAGAUUCUGGCAAGGAAAUUAUGGAGGAGACUGUAGUUAUCCAUCCUGAAAAAUACACAAUUUUAGAUAUAUUUAAGAGAAAACGUCUGGCAGUAACUCUGAUUAUAAUAUGGUUCACCUGGUUUACAAAUAGUUUAACAUAUUUUGGUAUAUAUUUGUCAUCUUCAUCUCUAGCUGGAAAUAUAUAUCUUAAUUUCUUCCUUAAUGCUCUGGUAGAAGCACCCGCAGCACUUAUAUACUGGUUUACUAUUGACAGUAUUGGAAGAAAGAAGACCUGUAUAAUAUUCCAUGUUAUUGCCACAUUCGGUCUAAUAUCAGCUACUAUACUGAAGGUGUAUGCCAAUGAUAACGAGUCUGUGUCUACUGCUGCCACGGUUUUUGCUUUGAUUGGUAAACUGGGUAUUAGUGGUUCAUUUAAUGUUUUAUUCACCUACACACCGGAAAUCUUUCCAACCAAUAUCAGGAACAUAGCGUUUGGAACAUCGUGUACGUCUGGUAGAAUUGCAGGAAUGUUAGCACCAUUCUCCAGUCUUUUGGCUGUAAAGAUACCAUGGGCACCGGGAGCUAUUUUUGGAGUUAGCUGUUUCUUUACGACCCUCUCCAUUUUAUACCUACCAGAAACGAUGGGAAAGGAAUUACCCCAAACCAUGGAUGAUCUUAAUAAACUUUAUGAUAAAUAGAUGGAAGGUUGAUAAUCUUAAUCAACUUUAUGAUAAAUAGGGGGAAGGUUGAUAAUCUUAAUCAACUUUAUGAUAAAUAGGGGGAAGGUUGAUAAUCUUAAUCAACUUUAUGAUAAAUAGGGGGAAGGU